AUGGAGACGGGAAAGGAGGUGACGGGCACGUUGGCAUUUGCCAUUUUUACAGCGGCGCUGGGCUCCCUGCAGUAUGGAUAUAGCAUGGGAGUCAUCAACGCGCCUCAACGGGUAAUUGAGAGACAUUAUGGGCGCUCGCUGGGCGUGCUGCCCGAGGAAGCCGCCCUGAUGUCUUCAAACGGCAGCCUCCUCACACGGGAUAUCCCGCAAGAGAUAACUCAUCCUUCCGUGGUCAUGUACUGGUCUCUAUCUGUCGCCAUCUUCUCGAUCGGCGGCGUGCUCUCCUCCUUCCUGGUGGGAUUCGUGGGCGACCACAGAGGCAGAGUGAAAGGAAUGUUGGCAGCUAACGUCCUUGCUGUGGCCAGCGGCCUCCUGAUGGGAUUGUGCAAAAUGUGGAAACCUCACAUCAUGGUCAUUGCUGGUCGCGCCAUCAUGGGAUUCUACUGCGGCUUGACGUCUGGCCUGGUGCCCAUGUACAUUGGAGAGAUUGCGCCAAAAGCUUACCGAGGGGCUUUGGGGACUUUACACCAGCUGGCUAUUGUUGUUGGCAUCCUCAUCAGCCAAGUUAUCGGCUUGGACUUCAUCCUGGGUAAUGACGACAUGUGGCCCCUGCUACUGGGCCUCUCGGGGGCCCCUGCUGUGUUGCAGUCCCUCCUGCUGCCGCUGUGUCCCGAGAGCCCGCGUUACCUCUACAUCCUGCUGGGAAAAGAAGAUGAGGCUCAGGAAAGUCUCCAUCGCCUGAAGGGGGCGUACGAUUCAUCAGCAGAUCUGGAGGAGAUGAGGCGGGAGAAGGAGGAGGCAGACAAGGUUCCUCGAGUCUCCAUCUGGUCUUUGAUCCGCUCAUCAGUGUACAGGCGUCAGCUCGUUGUUGCACUCAUGAUGCACUUGUCCCAGCAGUUGUCGGGGAUUAACGCGAUAUUUUACUAUUCCACGGCCAUCUUCACCCGGGCCGGCGUCAGUGAGCCUGUCUACGCCACCAUCGGCGUUGGCGCAAUCAACACCAUAUUUACUUUGGUGUCUGUGGCGCUAGUGGAGCGAGCUGGCCGACGUACACUGAUGCUAGUUGGCCUGGGCGGGAUGUGUUUCUGCGCAGUCACCAUGACCGUUGGCCUAAAUUACCAGAGCGAAUACACUUGGAUGAGCUAUGUCAGCAUGUUGGCCAUCUUCCUUUUCGUGGCUUUCUUUGAAAUCGGCCCCGGUCCUAUUCCGUGGUUCAUUGUGGCUGAGCUGUUCAGCCAAGGCCCCCGACCGGCGGCCAUUGCUCUUGCAGGCUGCUCCAACUGGACAAGCAACUUCAUCGUAGGGAUGACCUUUUCGUACAUACAGAACUGGCUGGGCGUGUACGUCUUCGUCUUAUUCGCCGUGCUGCUUUUCGGCUUCAUUCUCUUCAUGUACCUAAAAAUGCCGGAGACUAAAGGCAAGAGCUUCGAGGAGAUCGCCACCCUAUUCCGAAGGGACGGGAAAAAGGCAGCGCCGAGCACCAAGGUCGACGACGUUGAAUUGCAGCAGCUCAAAAUGCCGAUAACCGCUUGA